AUGUAUGCUGUGACCAUUAGUGAGGAGGGUGACUGUUACCGGUGUUUCCCGCCCGACCCGGGCAUUGGUACUGCUGCUCCAGGUGCCGGUGAGGCUUCUGCUCUAGGUGCCAGUGCGUCUGUGCUCUCAGGUGCUCGUGAGACUGCUCUCUCAGGUACUAGUGCUUCUGCGCUCUCAGGUACUGCGCCGGCUUCGGCCUCCCACACCUUCACUCUUGACUCUGGAGCGUCUCGCUCUUUCUUUCGGGACCGCACCACACUUACGCCGCUUAGUCGGCCGGUUGCGGUUUCCCUGGCUGACCCCUCUGGGGGUCCUGUCCUGGCUCGCUUCUCCACGGUCCUCCCGUGUCCGGCGGCUCCCUCUGGCACCCUGUCUGGUCUCUACCUCCCCUCGUUCUCUACGAACUUGGUGAGUGGUGCUGACCUACAGGAUGUGGGAGUCCACCAGUUCACCCCUGCUAGUCAGCGAGUGACGCACUACAUGGAGGCUAGCACGGGUCGUCACCUGGCUACGUUUACACGUCAGCCAAGGUCGAGCCUGUACACACUGACCACUGCUUCUCCUCCAGGUGCUGAGUCUGGUAGAGUCCCUUCGUCUGGUCAGGUGUUUGCUGCAGCGUCCAGGUCUGGUCCUGAGUCUGCCCCCUGUUCGUGUCGCCGUCUGUCUCACGAGACCCUCCUCUGGCACCACCGCCUUGGCCACCCCUCUCUGCUUCGGCUCAGAGGCAUGGCCUCCCGUCUUCUUGUGUCUGGUCUCCCCCGGUCUCUACCUCCCCUUCCUCAGGGCCCUAGCCCUGCCUGUGUCCCCUGUGUCGAGGGGCGCCAGCGUGCUGCCCCUCACUCCUCCCAGUUUCCUCCGACAGAGGCUCCGUUGCAGACGCUUCACAUGGACGUGUGGGGCCCUGCCCGCGUCCGUGGACUCGGUCACGAGCGCUACUUCCUAUUGGUGGUUGACGACUACUCGCGUUACACCACAAACUUCCCCUUGCGAAGCAAGGGUGAUGUCACUGAGGUGCUGAUUAAAUGGAUCCGCGCAGCUCGUCUCGAGCUCAGGCAGAGCUUUGGCUCGGACUUUCCUGUGCUGCGUCUGCACUCGGACAGAGGCGGAGAGUUCUCCUCUGGCCUUCUGCGUGCCUACUGUCGUGCACGAAGCAUCCGUCAGACCUUCACGCUUCCAGACUCCCCGCAGCAAAAUGGGAUUGCAGAGCGCCGCAUUGGCAUGGUCAUGGACGUCGCUCGUACGUCCAUGAUGCAUGCGGCUGCCCCCAAUUUUCUGUGGCCGUUUGCGGUCAGGUACGCAGCGCAUCAGAUCAACCUCCACCCCAGGGUCUCCAGGCCGGAGACCUCCCCAGCCCUGCUGUGGACGGGGAAGGUUGGCGAUGCGUCGGCGUUCCAGGUCUGGGGAUCUCGGGCGUUUGUCCGCGACUUGUCUGCGGACAAGCUGUCCCCUCGCGCUGCUCCCUGCGUCUUCCUGGGGUUCCCCCCCGACGCCCCUGGGUGGCAGUUCUACCACCCCACCUCUCGACGUGUUCUGUCCUCCCAGGACGUCACGUUCGACGAGUCGGUACCCUACUACCGCCUCUUCCCCUACCGCACUUCGUCCCUCCCCCCGCCCCCGCUCUUCUUGGUACCAGGUCCCCCCCUAGUAGACCCCCUCCCCCCUCAGGGUCCUGCCCCUUCAGGUGUGUCCCAGGUAGAUGCGGUCGAGCCUGUCGAGGUCACUGGUGACUCUGGUGCUGCUGCGGGAGCUGAGCCUGGGGGUGCUGAGACUAGAGGUGCUACGCCUGCGGGUGCUGAGCCUGGGGGUGCGGAGUCUGGAGGUGCUGAGCCUGGGGGUGCUGAGCCUGGGGGUGCUGAGCCUGGGGGUGCUCUGCCUGGGGGUACUGAGCCUGGGGGUGCUGAGCCUGGGGGUUCUGAGCCUGGGGGUGCUGAGCCUGGGGGUGCUGAGACUGGGGGUGCUCCGCCUGGAGGUGCUUCGUCUCGCCGAGAGCCACUCUCCCCUCAGGAGCUACGUGAGUGGUUUGCCAGGCGCUGGAGGCGUGCUACUGGUGCUGGAGGUUCUUCGGCUGCAGAGGGUACUGCUGCCGAGCGUCCCGGCGGUGCUCGUACUGUGGGUGCUGGCGCUGCUGGGACUGAGGGUUCUCCUGGAGCUGGUGCUGCUGAGGGUGUUGACGCUGAGACUGCCGCUGGAGGUCCGACUGGUGGUGCUCCUGGUGGUGCUGCUGGAGGUUCUGGAGCUACUGGAGGUGCUGCUGGAGGAGCAACAUAG